AUGACGCGCGCUUCAACACCUCCGAUCCUUCUAGAACUUCAAAGCGCAGAUUCCCUAUCGUCGCAGGCCUCAGCACUACGGACCUUAAAGAAUGAGACAAUUGGUCAUGAUCAACGCAAAGAAGCUUGGAUUCGAUGGGGUAUAAUUCCCAUUCUAGCUAAGGUCCUUGCUUCCAGGCAAACCAGCGGGAAGAAUACUGAGCGCAAUGGAGCGGGCAAAAGCCAACAAUCAUCAACUCGUAGAUCGGAGGAAGAUGAGACGUGCCUGCAGGCAAUUAUAAUACUUGGUAGUAUAGCACAAGGCGGUGCGGCUUUCCUCUCUCCCGUCCUUUCGAGCGGCAUCCUGUCCAUCCUCCUGGCUAUAUUGUCAUCGCCUGACUGCCAUCCGUCUUUUGUUCUUCCCAUCCUUCGUACCCUGAAUAAUAUUGCCGAUCGCUUACCACUGCAAAGCCAACAGCAGUGGCCCAAAGACACACGGUUAGCCGAUCUACUUUUCUCGGACGAACAUAUUGGCUGUCUGUCGCGCAUUCUCGGGCAGGACUAUGGCACUCAUCAGGCGCAGACAUCCAUUGAGCUUGCUGCGGGCCUGAUUGGAAAGCUGUGCACAGAGGAAACACAUAAGGCAGUCUUGGCCGACUGUGGCGUACUGGAUGCCCUGGCCGUGAAAGUGGCAUCGUUCGUUGUCGCUCAGGGCUUUGUACUCCCUGGUGCGGAAUCACAUGUGCAGGAGCCUGGCGCUCUUGGUUCUCUACCUCCCCCUGCACCCUCAGGUGCUAAGCUAGCCCCGAUUCUUCGUGCUACGGCGGCAAUCAUCGAACAUUCUAAAUGGCGUGCAGAACAUUUUCUCUCUUCUCCGGGCAUCGUGACUGUUUUCCCCAAGCAGCUGCCUGAAUUCGCCCCGUCUGAUAUCAAAACAAACCCUUGGGGGGCGAUUUAUUUUUCAGGGUCGGCUGUGCCACGCCAUGCCGGGGCCAGUCCCCUGGAGCACCUCCUACCAUCUGUUCCGUUGUCGCAAGGUAAAACUCCCGCGAGUACUACCAACUUCCCACCUCUAGGUCAACCCCAUGGGCCUCAACGCCGUCAGAGCCAUUCAUACCCCACUCCCUUCUCGAUCUUGGAAGCGCCGAGCUCCGAUGACGAUGAAAAUGCCAUCGUUCCUUGGCUUCUAUAUACUAUUCGUGCCGAAACGGGAAUGAUCCGCUUGAUGGCAGCGCGUCUAGUCACAGUUUUAUACCGUCUAGGUCUCACCAAGAAGCUUCGAGUCUCCAUGCUUAGUUACUUGUUGAUUCCAAUUCUUAUCCGAAUGCUGGAUAAGGACUACGAGAUCGCAGGCGACGAUGGUGUUCAGUAUGGAGGAUUGAUUCUGUCCACAGACCGCUUAAAGGAGGAAGCUCCGGCGGUACUUGCCACACUAGUGAUCGAUGACCAAGAACUACAGAAGCAUGCAGUUGAUGGGGGUGCUAUUAAGCGACUGUCUCAACUCUUGAAGGAAACCUAUAAUCCGAUUCAAGAGAAUGCUAGACCGAUGUGGCAUGUUGACGGUGGGGAAAAGAUCGAGAAUACCGGUACGCAGUCAGCGGAAUGUACGCUGGGGCCCCCGGGAUAUUCUCCCAUUCAUUGUCAUGUCAUGCGAUAUCGAGAGAAUAUCCUCAAAGCUUUAGCCGCUUUGGUACCUUUCAAAGACGAAUAUCGCAAGACUAUAUGUGAGAAUGGAGUAGUUCCGUACAUUAUUGAUUCUCUCAGACCGUGCCCAAACGAUCCUCGGGAUACAUCAAACCCAAAAAACACUGCUGCUGAUGGCAACCCUACACCAACCCUACUGGCAGCUUGCGGUGCUGCACGAAUGCUCACCCGGUCGGUCAGUGUAUUAAGAACCAGUCUGAUUGAUGCUGGAGUUGCAAACCCAUUAUUCGCCUUGGUUCGGCAUCAGGACAUCGAGGUUCAAAUCGCAGCAACAUCAGUUAUCUGUAACCUCGCGCUGGAUUUUAGUCCAAUGAAGGAGGCUAUCAUAUCUGCCGAAGUGCUCCCCAUAUUGUGUGAGCAUGCCCAUUCAACGAACACAAAGCUUCGAAUUGAGUCACUUUGGGCGCUGAAACACGUGGCCUAUAAUUCGACCAACGAUGUCAAGAUGAAGGUCAUUAAUGGCUUGGGCCCUGCGUGGAUCCAACAGAUCAUAACGCAAGACCCAACCAGCGCUUUAGCCAAACGAGGAAUGGAUGAGGAGAUGGAAAGCGGGACCUCGGCGGGCAUGAGUCGGGCCAACUCAGCAGGAGAACAGGUUGAUUUGUUGAAUCCUGUCGAGAAUACUGAGGAACGCGACGAGGAUAUGAAGAUGGCCGAUACCUUACCGCCGUCUAAGAUGAGCUUGGAAAUGUUUCUCCCCGAUAUUAGCCGGCGUCGCAAGCUUGCGUUGCAUGGGGACCUGGACCAAACCACUCAAGCACGCCAAGAUGACAUAGCGGUACAGGAACAAACCUUUGAUCUUUUGCGUAACCUAGUUUGUGGCCCAGGCGCUUCCGAGAUGAUUGAUCACUUAUUUAAAGAGAUCGGGCAACAAUUAAUCUUGGAUGCUCUAGCGGAUAAACUCCGGCCUCGCACCAUCCAACUGCCUCAUCGACGAGAAUCAUCCACCCACAAACCACUUCAAGUUCCGACCGAGAUACUAGUUGCAGUCACAUUUGUCAUCAUCCACCUUGCCGCUAGCCUUCCAUGGCACCGCCAACUUCUGGUUUCUCACCGAGAUCUCUUGCGUUACCUCAUGGGGUACUUCGAGCACGCCCACCGGGAUGUACGGACAAACUGUGUAUGGGUGGUGAUCAAUUUAACAUAUGAAGAUGAUGCCAGUGAUCAAGAAGGCUGCCGUGAACGAGCUUACAAACUGCUCUCGAUUGGAGUGAUGGAACGGCUGAAACGCUUGGAGGAAGAUACAGAUCUUGACGUGCGAGAACGAACUAAAACAGCCGUACAUUUAGUAAAGUCCUUGACUCAGGCUCAGGUCUAG